AUGGCAGACCCUCUUAGCAUUACAGCAUCGAUUGUCGGCAUAGUUGCUGCCGCAUCCAAAGUGUUGAGCCUCCUUGGUGAUAUAACCGAUGCGCCAAGAUCCAUCGCCGACCUGCUGAAUGAAGUGUACGAUCUCCGGCUCAUCUUCUGCAAUCUUCAAUCAUUCAUUGACCGAACGCGACGAUUCGACCCAAGCCGACUAGCCCUUAUACAGCUUGGCGACCUCGUCGCUAUUCUCACCCGUACAGUCAUAACCUUCUCUGAACUCGAAUCUAUUGUGCGGCCGCUUUGUGACCGAGAGAAGCUGUCAACAUGGCAACUUGUGAGCUGGAGAUGGCAGCAAACUGCAGCCCUGCGAAUUUUGACUCAGCUUCAGCGACACAAGACAUCACUCUCCCUGAUGCUCCAGAUAUACCAAUGGCAUGUGACCUGCCCUCUAUGGUCAAGAGCUCUGCUGACAGCCGUCUCCAUUAGUGUGACUGACCUUGAGGCACGCCAGAAAGCCGGUGCACUCCGUGAUCAUCUUGAACAGGAACUGGAUGAUAACCAGGGCUUAGCUGACAGAUUGGCUGGCAUGGAAUUGUCACCAGAGCUCGAGGAGAUGAGCACGGCGGUUUUCGACAUGAAUGAUACAUCAAGUGCUCUUCAAACUCCCGGAGACAGACAGGACCCGACUACUGCCGAUCUUGAGCUGGCCAAGACUGGUGUAAUUAACACCGACCUCCCACUAAACACACCUCCAGAUCAGGCAUCGACCAAUAAAAGCGAAGAUGACGAUGGCAUGACAGACUCCGAGUUCCAGCUAUCAAGAGCCUUCGAAGUUGUUCUGUUCCGAACCUGGCCCGACAGUCCCUACGCUGGGGGUGUGUUCAUCUUCAGCCUGCGCUUCCCGAUCGAUUACCCUUUGAGGGCACCAGCAGUCAGGUUUCUAACGCGGAUUUACCACCCGAACAUCACAAUGGCUGGAGAUAUCAACCCUCCUGUUACGGGCAUACCAUGGGUCCCAGCCACUACUUUGUCCAUUAUUGUCGAUACGCUGCAUCAAUUACUCCAAGAACCGCGGAUUGAUUUCCCGCUGAACGAGGAGAUUGCCAGGGUCUAUGAGACAGAUCGACAAAGCUAUUUAGCUACAGCUCGGCAAUGGACCAAGAGAUAUGCUAUUUGA